CCAGACAACCAUCCAGUAUUCAAGUGCCCAAAGCAGAAGUGUGUUCAACCCCCGGCAAUAAAAUCCACCCACCCAGCUCUCCCUCUUUCUCUUGCCGCGAAAGUAUUGUUUUGUUGAACUCUAAGAUCUAUGUUUGGUUCUUACACCUCAUCCUCUCUCUCUAAAACAUCUCUCUGAAACAGAACAUCCAAACCUCCUUUAAGUUAUAUCCACUACAUUCCAUGGAUACAUAAAUAAACAGACCUGCAUUGUUAUCUGUAAUCCAGGGUUUACCAACCACUCUUUGCGCAUUCAAAGUCAUGCACUCUUCUUCUCUUUCGAAUUCAGAAGGAGAUAAAUAAGAUAAUGAACUCCGCCGACGGCAAGCACCCCAGCGGAACCCUAUGAAUUUCCGUCAACACUCCGGCGAGGCGGUCCAGAUUCGUGGUUUUGGAUUCUGACCACGGUGUGUGUGAAUUUGAUUCUAAACAGAGAAGAUGCGACAUCUGAUUCUUCUUCUUUAUCUUCUUCUCACUCUGGUCUCCACUAGCGGGUUUCCAUUACCACAGAUAAACUCGUCUCCUACUAUACUGCCGCGGGAAUCAUUAUCUUUGAGAAAAAUCUCACUGGAACAUGGUAAAGUGAGGAUGAUGUCAAUGAGGGCAUUGUUUGCUCCAUUAAUAGCACCCCAUACAUGGCUGUUUAAGCCUUAUUUGGAGCCGUCGAUUGUACCUGCACCUUCUCCAGCAUAUCGAGGUCACAUUGCUGCUCCUAGCAAUACCUUGCCAAAAAAUCAUCGUCAUCAUCAUCGGGUGAGAACUCAUGCUGUCUCCCCGGCUCCUUCUGCAAUAUCAGAUUGUGGUCAAAUAUGCAUGGAGCCGCUUACUUCAACUCCAAUUGGUUCACCUUGUGGUUGUGUGGUUCCUAUGAAACUUAGACUUCUUUUUGAUGUAUCUCUUUAUGCCUUUUUUCCCGUGGUUAAUGAGCUUGAGGUGGAGGUUGCAGCAGGCACAUAUCUAAAACAAAGUCAAGUGAUUAUAAUUGGUGCCAGUGCUGAUGGUCAAAAUCAGGAAAGAACUGUAGUAGAUAUUAACCUGGUUCCUUUGGGGGAGAAGUUUGAUAAUACCACUGCUACACUGACAUAUGAAAGAUUUUGGGACAGGAAAGUGCCUCUAAAUAAGACUCUUUUUGGUAAUUAUGAGGUGAUGUACAUUAGCUAUCCAGGGCUUCCAUCUUCACCAUUGUUUGGGAGUCAAUCGGGUAAUGGUCCAAGUGGAAGCGCAGGAAUUCAGCAAUUCCCUAUCACUGCAGAUUUUGUUGACAAGAGCCAGAAGAUGAACCCUAGAAUUAUUUUUAUCAUUGCUUUGUCUGCUUUAGUACUCUUGGUGGUUUGCUGUGGAGCAGUUUCCCUCGUCUUGAAAUGCAGGAAGGUUGGAAGACCAUCAAGUGCUGUUGGACCUGUUUUCACACCAUCUAUAAAUAAGAGAUCUGGUAUGCAUUUGGGAACUGGGUCAGUUUUAUCAAAUAGCAUGGGAAGCUCACCUUCAAUAUCCCUCAAUUCUACCAUUCCAACAGCAGUUCUUUCUGUUAAAACAUUUGCACUUGCGCACCUUGAGAAGGCCACAGAGAAGUUCAGCUCAAGGAGGUUUCUGGGUGAAGGAGGUUUUGGUCGUGUUUAUUAUGGGAUCAUGGAAGAUGGAACUGAAGUUGCAGUUAAAUUGCUUACAAGGGAUAAUCAGAAUGGAGACCGUGAAUUUAUGGCUGAAGUUGAGAUGCUAAGUCGGUUGCAUCACCGUAAUCUUGUGAAAUUGUUUGGCAUAUGCAUUGAAGAACACAAACGAUGCUUGGUUUAUGAGCUUGUUCCUAAUGGCAGCGUUGAGUCCCAUUUGCAUGGUGUGGACAAGAGCAAGAGGCCUCUUGACUGGGAGGCGCGUUUGAAAAUUGCUCUUGGCACAGCUAGAGGAUUGGCUUAUCUUCAUGAAGAUUCUAACCCUCGUGUAAUUCACCGAGAUUUCAAGGCCAGUAAUGUGUUGUUAGAAGAUGAUUUUACCCCUAAGGUUUCAGAUUUUGGGUUGGCAAGGGAAGCAACAGAAGGAAGUCAUCAUAUUUCUACUAGGGUCAUGGGAACUUUUGGGUAUGUUGCUCCUGAAUAUGCAAUGACGGGGCACUUACUUGUCAAAAGUGAUGUUUAUAGUUACGGGGUUGUGCUAUUGGAGCUUCUAUCUGGAAGGAAACCUGUGGAUAUGUCUCAACCUCCAGGACAAGAGAACCUUGUGACUUGGGCGCGCCCUCUACUAACCAGUAGAGAAGGUUUGGUGCGGUUGGUGGAUCCUUCUUUGACCAGAAACUAUGACUUUGAUUACAUGGCUAAGGUGGCUGCCAUUGCUUCCAUGUGUGUUCACCCGGAGGUGACUCACAGGCCAUUCAUGGGGGAAGUUGUGCAGGCACUGAAGCUCAUAUACAAUGACAUGGAUGAAACAUGUGCAGAUUACUGCAGUCAGAAAGAUCUCUCUGCUCCAGACUCCGACAUUAAAGGUGAUCUUGCUCAUGCCUCUUCUUUCAUAACGAUGGAGUACAGUUCGGGUCCACUUGAAGAGAUGGAAAACAGACGAUUUUCAGCUUCAAGUUUAAUUGAGGGAGAAGUUUCUUUACCUAUCAGGCAUGGGAACCGAUCAGGUCCAUUGAGAACAGUACCCAGCAAACCAGUCUUUCACAGGUUGAAUGGUAGUAUGAGCGAACAUAGUGGACUCCUCUCAAGGCAAUUUUGGAAUGACGGUAACGGAUUUGAUGCUUCCUUUUAGAAUAUAUAUAUAUAUAUAUAUAUAUAUAUAUAUAUAUAUAUAUAUAUUCACCCUUUUAAAUGUACAGUACUGAAGAACCGGUUAUUUGGAGAUAAGGUCUUUGAGUGUAGCGUAGAAGUUUGGGAAUGAUGUGAUUAGCAUAAUUGGAGGGUCGGUCCAACUAGAGGAGAGGAGGGAAGGAACAAAGGAGAAAACAUCAGGCCAAGCUGGAAAGUUUGAAACUAUGUCAAGCCUCACCGAAACAAAGUCUGAAAAAGGCUCGUCGAUUGCCUUUCCUCUAAGGUUAUGAUACUACAAUUUGAAUGAAAUUCAUACGCUUUCACCUGUCUCAUGCAUACUCCUUGUGACCCCUGAAACUGUGGUUUGCAUUUCACGUAGGGUGUCUCGUGGGGAGGACGGACUUUGACUUGUAAUUUUGGUUAUCCAAAUUUAUUUCCCAUACAAAAGGCUGUAAUUUGUAUAGUCCUGUAUUAUAUACGUGCUAGAUGUCUUGGAAGCCAAAUGCUGCAAAAACAUAUCUGUUCUCGAGGUUUUCAUGCUCAGGUGGAGCAUUUUCUGGUUGAGAGGUUUUCUGAUUCUUGUCAUUAAGAUUUUAAUACAUUUAAAAAAAACUAAUAUCAGUUAUCCUUUUAUUUUUAUUAUUUUUUAUUUUUACUUUCUAUGCA